CCGACUCGACAUCAUCUUCGACCGAUGCGAACCAGAACUUCCACAAAGAUUGUGAUUUCUUAAGAAUUUGUUUCAUUGAAAAGCCAAAAUGCCGGUCAAAGGACCGGUAAAAACAAAACAGGCUGGAGGGGGCACAAGUAGUCUCAAGGUUGGCAAAGGCCGCGUCCCUCGUGUCAGUAUGGGCGGUGCCAAAGUAGCUCUCAAGGAUGAUGUUAGAGAUGACUUGACGGAAGUAGGAGAAGGAGCACAUGGCGAGGAAUGGAUGCAGACAAAGAGUCUCAUCAAACCAGAUGACCAACUUGAUCUGGAUGAAGUGCAACUGAAGGAGGAAUUCACUCGUAUAUUGACAGCAAACAACCCCCAUGCUCCACAAAACAUUGUCAGGUAUAACUUCAAGGAUCGAUCCUUCAAGCAAACAUCUCAUGUUGAUCAGCUCGCUAUCCACUUCUCAUUGGAUGGUAACAUGAUACAUAAAGAUUCAGAUGAGGCCAGACGACAGAAAGCUAAAUAUGGAGCUGCUGAGACUGUAAGUGACCAAGCCAUCAGCGAGGCUGAAGAAGAAAAGAAAGAAGAAGACGGAGAAGAGAAACCAGAGGGUGAGGAAGGAGCUGAGAAGAGAGAUGAGGAGAGUACCCCAGCUCCUCCAAAAGGAUCCGACCAGAAGUUAACCAACCAGUUUAACUUCAGUGAGAGAGCAUCACAGACCUACAACAAUCCAUACAGAGAGCGUGCCACUCAAACUGAGCCACCACCAAGGGCUAACUUCUCCGCUACCGGCAACCAGUGGGAGAUUUAUGAUGCAUACAAAGAGGAUCAAGAGAAACAGGCUGAGGAAAAAGCCAAGGAAAAGAAGCAGAACAUAACCAGCAAGAAAGACGAAGGAACGGCUAAGAAGAAGUUGACAGCCAUGGAGACACAGACAGAUGAUAUUUCUCGUAUCAGUCAUGCUGCUAAGAUCGUUGAGCGAAUGGUCAACCAGAAUACGUUCGAUGAUGUAUCACAGGAUUUCAAAUAUUGGGAAGAUGUGUCUGAUGAUUAUCGAGAUCAAGAGGGUACCUUACUACCCCUGUGGAAGUUCUGUCAUGAUAAAUCCAAGAGACUGGCUGUGACAUCACUCUGCUGGAAUCCCAAGUACAGAGAUCUCUUCGUGGCCACCCAUGGAUCAUAUGAUUUCAUGAAGCAGUCUCGUGGUAUGCUACUCUGCUACACCCUCAAGAACCCGUCCUACCCUGAGUUUAUCUACCCUACUACUAGUGGGGUCAUGUGUGUGGAUAUACACCCAGAACACCCCUACCUAGUGGCUGUUGGGUUCUAUGAUGGUUCAGUGGGUGUCUUCAAUGUGACAGACAAGGAUAACAAGCCGAUAUACCAGAGUACAGCGAAGACUGGCAAGCACACAGAUCCUGUCUGGCAGGUGGCUUGGCAAAAAGAUGAUUUGGACAACAAUCUCAACUUCUUUUCUGUCUCGUCCGAUGGUCGUGUUGUUGCUUGGACGCUUGUCAAGAAUGAGUUGACUUAUACCGACGUGAUUCAACUGAAGUUAGAUGAAGCCCCUCAAGAGGGACCAGAAGGAACUCAGCUUACUCCACUUGGUUGUGGCACAUGCUUCGACUUCCACAAGCAGACUGACUAUCUCUUCCUAGUCGGAACAGAGGAAGGCAAGAUCCACAAAUGCUCCAAGGCUUAUUCCAGUCAAUUCUUAGAUACGUUUGACGCUCAUCACAUGGCCGUCUACAAGGUCCAAUGGAAUUACUUCCAUCCUAAGAUAUUUAUCUCUUGUAGCGCUGAUUGGACGGUCAAGAUAUGGGAUCACACCUACAAGAAUGGUGCGAUGUUCACCUUUGACCUAGGUAGCUCUGUAGGGGAUGUAGCCUGGGCUCCAUACUCUUCUACUGUGUUUGCUGCAGUCACUGCUGAUGGCAAGGUACAUGUAUUUGACUUGACCAUCAAUAAGUAUGAGCCGAUAUGUGAGCAAGCUGUGGUACAGAAGAAGAAGACAAAGUUGACUCAUAUAACCUUCAACCCAGAUCAUCCUAUUGUCUUGGUUGGUGAUGACAGGGGUUACGUGACCAGUCUGAAGCUGUCACCAAAUCUUAGGAAGGUUCCAAAGGACAAGAAGGGCCAAGAGCUACAACGAGGGCCAGAGCAAGAGAUUGCCAAAAUGGAUAAACUUCUUGCCUUGGUGCGGGAACCAUCCAACAAAGACAAGAACUGAAGGAACUAAAGUCAACAGAGCCCAAAUAUUGUAGUAAUCUUUGAACCUUAUUACAUCUUGGAACUGCUUCAGACCUACAUCGACCAUUUUCCCUAAAUAAAUCUUUUCAAUCCGAAUGUUGUUUAUGUACUUUAUUAUGUCAAUCAGAAGCUAUUGACCCAUUUCACCUGACGUCAUCAUCAGAAAAAUCUUGAAUGCGCCAUACUGGUGGGCAAUUUCACUGUGUGUUUUCAUAUAUAACUCUAUGCGAAGAGUAAGCUCUGCGUUAUGCAGUCAAGUGCACAUUUUAGACGACGCGGCGUUAAUACAAAUAAACCUAACUUGCCCACCAACAUGGUGAGCGUGGCACCAGUCGCCGCAUGUGACGCGCGUGCAAGGGGUCAAUACAUUUACCUGCAAAUGUUCAAACAUUGCAUCCAAACCUCCGGCCUAAUGGUUUUUGAUUGAUUGACAGCAGCAAACAACAGCAAUUACACCAAUUAAGUUGGCAAUGAUAGCAUUGUCUUGGAGUUAAAACAUUUUCCCACAUGAAGAAACUCUGGUUUUGAUCAGGGUUGUUUGAAACCAAACCUCUAAGUGACCAUGGGAAUACACAUGUACAAAUUUAUGUAUGCCCAUAUGAAGCAUGUUUGUGUUACAUUCACUUUGUAACUUUAUAUAAAUGUUGAACCAUCAGGUUUUCACUAUGAACUUAAUUCUUUUAAAAAAUAUUUCAAAAGAGAUUUUGUUUUUGUGUAAAGAUACUUGUACAAAUAUUUACAUUUUGUUACAAUUCUGUUUUGUAAAAAGUAACAUGUUGGUUAUUUUACCACAAUAAACCUCAGUAUUUCAGCUUGAACUUCAUCUUAAAGCUAUCAAGAGUUAUUUUAAAAGCUUUUGUUAAUUUGUGUACAUACUCGCUUCCACUGUCUUUAGUAUACUGUAUUUUGUAAUUUCAAUAAUUUUUCUUAGAUGAAAUACAUCUAUUUCUUCCGUCCAUUUGACUUGCAUCUAAAAUUGUAUUUUAAUAAUAGGUAAUUAAUUCAAAAUAUGCCGUCCACAAUAAAUUUGACGAUUGGUACUCCAGCCAUAUGGCCAUUUUAAAAACAGAACAUGUUGAAUUGGUAUAAUGACCGAUAUUUAUGGUUUUGUACACAUGUACUGCUUUCAACACACCGAAGUGGAAGCUGUUGUUUAUCAACUGUAACAUACCACAAUUCCUUUGCCAUUUUUAAAUGAAAAAUAAAAUACUUUGUAAUCUUACAGAGGUUCGGUUUUUCUUGAGUGAUGGAUUAAAAAAUGAGAGAUUCAUGAAGCAAAAUUGACUUUGUUAAGUUUGCUUUAU